CUCGCGGAAGUAAGCGGUAGUUCGAUAGCUCUGAGUUUAGACGAAUCGGCUGCUUAAAAGCCARUCUCAGAGCUUGGGUCAACUAAUGUAAAGCGUGUUUGAAUCAAUAUUUUCGCAUCUAAUGGUAUUUUAUUGCGUGUCGGAAAGCAACGGAACCACAGCUGAGCCUCUUAUUGGGAACUAAUGUUAGCCUGUAGCAAACGUUAGCUACUAAAUAUCAACAGGAAGUAACUCAACUCAAGCACUUUGAUCUUUUCAGUGUUUCCUCAGGUAUGAACUGCACCUUAGAGAAGGUUCUGGCGGAUGCCAAAUCGCUGGUGGAAAGGCUCCGUAACCAUGACAACGCUGCUGAGAUGUUAAUUGAACAGACGACAUCGCUCAACAAGCGAGUGGAGGCCAUGAAGCAGUACCAGGAAGAAAUCGAUGCGCUGAACCAGGUCGCACGCCACCGGCCUCGCUCCAGUCUGGUCCUGGGAAUCCAGCAGGAGAACCGUCAGAUCAGAGAACUCCAACAGGAGAACAAAGAGCUACGAACGUCGUUAGAAGAACACCAGUCUGCAAUAGAGCUCAUCAUGACCAAAUACAGAGAGCAGGUGUUUCGGCUACUAAUGGCGAGCAAAAGAGACGACCCCGCCAUCGUCACGCAGCUGAAGGAGCAGCACACCACGGAAAUGCAAGCACACAUAGAUAAAAUAAACGAGAUGGCCUCAGUGAUGAGGAAAGCAAUCGAGGUGGACGAGGAGCGAACAUGUGAGGACGAGGAGAGGAUUAAACAGCUGGAGCUGGAGAACCGCGGCCUCAGAGAGCUGCUGGGAAUCAGCCGCGAGGCGUUCCUCAUCCUGAAGAGAGACGACCCGUCUGAGAGCACGUCGCUGUCGCCGCUGCUGACCAGCGCCGACGUCAGCUUACGGAAGAGUUAAGCCCCUCCCCCUUCUCUUCGCUACUACAGCGUACAGAGCGGACAGUCUGCUGCCAAACUUUCCCCUUUUUCACCCCACAAACUCCUAAAGAGUCGCCUCACCUGGAGCUCCCUGCUUCUGUUUCGGAGACGUUUGUGUUGUGUGCAUGAGCCCGCCACCCGCAGGCUUUUUACAGAGAGAAUGAGUGAGGUUAAAUAAAUCUGCAGUCCUCACACUGA